CGUAUCUAAUGGCACCCACCGGAGCUCAAUUCGGCCUCGCCGUCUCUCCGCCGUCAUCCACCGUCCUUCCGCCAUCAUCCACCGUUCUUCCGCCGUCCUCCGCCGUCUCAUUCGCAUACACAAAAUCCCCACGCCGCAAACCAACACAGACACCGUGUGUCUUGAACUCCCCAACAUUUAUAAAUUUCCCAAAAGACCCCAAACCGAUACCUGUAACUACCGAAAACCCCUCGUCUUCUUCCUCGUACCCUCCUCACUGGAACCUCCUCCAACGCGCCGCCGCAGCUGCCCUCGACCUCGCCGAAAGCGCGUUGCUUUCACUCGAGAGGUCUCAGCCUCUCCCGAAGACCGUUGACCCAUGUCACCAGAUUGCCGGAAACUAUGCUCCGGUGCCGGAGCGACCCCUCCGUCAAUCCCUCCCGGUAUCCGGUGACAUCCCCGACGGCAUUGACGGUGUCUACCUCCGUAACGGCGCCAACCCCUUGUUCGAGCCCGUCUCCGGCCACCACCUCUUCGACGGUGACGGCAUGAUUCACGCCGUGAAAAUCUCCGGCGGCGAAGCCAGUUACUCUUGCCGGUUCACGCAAACCGAGAGAUUGGUUCAGGAGAAGGAAUUGGGUUGUCCGAUUUUCCCGAAAGCGAUUGGAGAGCUUCACGGACACUCUGGGAUCGCGAGGCUGAUGCUGUUUUACGCACGUGGGUUAUUCGGUCUCGUAAACCACCGGAACGGGACCGGAGUCGCUAACGCCGGUCUGAUUUACUUCCACGAUCGGUUAUUAGCCAUGUCCGAAGAUGAUCUUCCUUACCAAGUUCGUGUCACCGACAACGGCGAUCUCGAGACGGUUGGGAGAUACGACUUCGACGGGCAGUUAAAAUCCGCCAUGAUCGCCCACCCGAAGAUCGACCCAGAAACCAAAGAGCUCUUUGCUCUCAGUUACGAUGUUGUCAAGAAGCCGUAUCUGAAGUACUUCAGAUUCUCGCCGGACGGCGGGAAAUCGCCGGACGUUGAAAUCCCGCUGACGACUCCGACAAUGAUGCAUGAUUUCGCUAUUACAGAGAAUUUUGUCGUGAUUCCCGACCAUCAAGUUGUUUUCAAGCUCGGCGACAUGGUUCUCGGAAAAUCUCCGGUGAGUUACGACAAAGAGAAGAUUUCCCGCUUUGGGAUUUUGCCAAAAAACGCCGAAGACGCGUCGGGAAUCAUCUGGGUCGAGUCGCCGGAAACUUUCUGUUUCCAUCUCUGGAACGCUUGGGAGUCGCCGGAUACCGACGAGGUUGUCGUGAUCGGAUCAUGCAUGACUCCGGCGGACUCCAUCUUCAACGAAUCCGACGAGAAGCUUAACAGUGUUUUGUCGGAAAUCCGGUUAAAUCUCAGAACCGGGAAAUCCACUCGCCGACCUGUGAUUCCCGAUUCAGAUCAGAUGAAUCUUGAGGCCGGUAUGGUAAACCGGAACCGGUUAGGUAGAAAAACCCGGUUUGCAUACCUUGCGAUCGCCGAACCGUGGCCCAAAGUCUCCGGCUUCGCUAAGGUGGAUCUUUUCACCGGAGAAUCGAAAAAUUACUUUUACGGCGGUAUGAAAUACGGCGGCGAACCGUUUUUCGUACGGAGAGGGUUAGAUUCCGACGGAGAAGACGACGGUUACAUUUUGACGUUUGUUCACGACGAGAAGACGUGGAAGUCGGAGCUUCAGAUAGUUAACGCCGUUAACUUGGAGCUCGAAGCCACCGUUAAGUUGCCGUCAAGAGUACCGUACGGUUUUCACGGCACGUUUGUGAAUUCGGCUGACAUGGUAAAUCAAGCUUAGUCCGUUAACUAAUUUUUGUUUUUUAUAAAUAAAAGACUGCCGAAUAUUUAGUUUUU